GACGAAGAGGAUCGAGGAGCCGUCGGCGAGAAUAAGACCUGCGAGCGGAACAAUCCACUCCGAUGGCGGCAGCGCUUCGUUCUGCGGCGAGGAAGAUCUGCGGUCACGCCUUUGAGCGGCCGCAGGCGCUUCUCAGGACGGCCGCUUCGGCUGCCAUCAAGGAGGAACAGCGGCGGCUGCUGCCAGGGGGAUUGGCCAUGGCCGAAGCUCACUUCCCCGGUUCACCUCCUCCGAAUCACCAAGUUUUGUUAAUAAUCAGAGCAAGGUUAUCAAGCGAGCGGUCAUUGAAGUCGCGCUCAUGUAGCUUAUUAUCAGUCCCCGAAGACAAACCACCUACUUACUUUGUGUUUUCAAGAUUUAUUUGUUUGGCAAUGAUGUCCUUGUAUAUCUUAACACUUGGUCGUGUGUCAAUCCUCUACUAUAAGUCAACCAUGAGUGCCGUAGAGGAUGAGUAGUUUGUCACAAUGUACUUGAACUUGGAUGUGUCAGAACUUGUAUUCCAUUCAGCUUUUACCUUAGCUAGCGCAUUAUGUCAUCCAUCUAUUUUGUCAUACAAGUGAA